AUGCUACUUUUGUACCAGGCUGGAAGUGUAAAGAUAGGAGAAAUAGUUCGAUAUACAGUUACAUAUACACCAGCACAUGAUCGGAUUCUUCCUUCUCCUGCAAGACUUCAUUUGAAGAUCAAGAAUACUUCUGCCAUAGCCCUUCGAGCAGCUUUUGUCCAUGGUCCUUAUACUCUCUACGCCGCGGCUUAUCCUUCCACGUUUAACCCUAAUGUCAAAUGCGAAAACCCUCGACGAGAUGGUGUACCUGAAUUCGAACCGAAUCUCAAAGCCGGAGGUUCUUUCUCAACAGAACUUGUUGUUCCAGAAGAUGUGCGGAAGACGGCGGGAAGUGCGAAUCGAGAUGGGAGAUCGCCUGGCAGAAACGAUGCGGAUGUGAAAAGCGUUACUUGGAUCAUUGAGGUUACGUCGCAGGUGGUAUUCUCAAAUUCUGCGGCCGUUCAUUAUGAGAUUCUGCUUGGCCGAGAUGCGAAAAGUCUUGCUCUAGGGUUUGCUGCAGGUUCAAUAUUAGGAGGGACAGCACCAGUGCCUGGACAAGUCCAUGAUCAUCAGCAGAGUCAAGGGGCGAAAGAUGGCCAUCAUGCGGCGUUACCGAGGGGUGUCUAUUCCAGGGCGAUACGAGUGAGGGUGGAUGAUACUGCAAGUUUAUGGAACACGCCGAAGUUGGAUGAUAGAGAUAAGGUGGUGGAGGAGCAGAGUUCUAAGGGAAGCAAUAAGGUUGCACCAGUUGAGGAUGCAACGGGAGAAGGUCAUAUCGAAGAAAAUCCAAGGAAGAAACGGAGGAAAAAUGUACAUCUGGUGGUUUUGACACACGGAUUGCAUAGUAAUCUUGGGGCGGAUAUGUUAUUUCUGAAGGAGAGCAUAGAUGCGACAGCAAAACAAGCUAAGAUUGAUGCUAAAGCCCGAAAGACGAAAAAGAGAGAAGAGGAGAAGCAAAGGAGGGCAGCAGCGCGAGCCGAAACGAAAGAAGGAUCGGGAGACGGGGAUUUGAACAGACAGGCGAGCACAGAAGACCUUCCAGAGGAGCAAGAAGAACCAUAUGAUGAAUCCGAAGACGAGGACGAAGUUAUUGUAAGAGGAUUUUCCGGAAAUGUCGUUCGAACCGAAAGAGGAAUAAAAUACCUUGGAAAAAGACUUGCUAAAUAUGUUCUCACGAUGACAUACCCGGAUCAACCAUUUCGACCGACUAUAAAGAAGUCAGCGACUGAAGCUCUUUCUCAUGCUCUGAAGCCUGAUUCAUCAAAGUUGAUGGAUGAUUCCGGCAAACCAGUACAUGAAAAUAGCAGCAUUAUCAAAGUGCCUCAAGAUGUCGACCUCCCUUACCAUUUCACCAGUAUCAGUUUCAUUGCUCAUUCUCUUGGUGGAUUGGUACAAACGUAUGCUAUUGCAUACAUCCAAAAGCAUUCACCCCAAUUCUUCGACAUAAUCAAACCAAUCAACUUCAUCGCCCUUGCUUCACCAUUCCUAGGUCUUAGCAAUGAGAAUCCAUUGUAUGUCAAAUUUGCUUUGGAUUUUGGAUUAGUCGGCCGGACAGGUCAGGAUCUUGGGUUGACAUGGCGCGCACCUACGAUUGCGAGAAGUGGAUGGGGUGCACUUGUUGGAAACAUUGGAGAAAAUGCGCAUAAGAGACUCGAUGGCGAAUCUGCACCCGAAGCAAAGCCUCUCUUACGAAUUUUACCAACUGGCCCGGCUCAUACUGUUCUCAAGAAGUUUCGAAAUCGUACAGUAUAUUCGAAUGUUGUUAAUGAUGGAAUCGUGCCUUUGAGGACUAGUUGUUUACUCUUCCUAGACUGGCAAAGUUUAGGUCGGGUGGAGAAAGCUAGAAGGGAAAAUGGUCUUGUUGGUACUAUGGCGGAAUGGAGUUGGGCUGAACUUACCGGGGCAAAUUCUGGGUCACCCGCAAAGAAGCAAGCACCUUUGUCUGAUGAGGAAGUUAGUGAUAUAGAUGAUAUUACCGGGAACGCUUCUCCUGCUGUGUUGCAAAGACACGAAACCGAAGUACCACAACCUUCAGCAAUUGUCAUGGAUGAUGAUAGACGGAGCUUAAAGAACCUGGAUAUAUCCGGCCAUUCUACUAUAUCUUCUAUAGAAGGUAGAAGCAGUACCGAGAUUGGAAGUCCAACCUCAACCUCCUUCUCAUCAAACAAUAAUGGACCACUUGCAAGUCUAUUCGGUUUCUUUCGCUCCAACCCAUCUCCAAAACCUAAUGUUCAUCAACCUAAACAUUCGAAAAUAUAUAAACGAAGUCAGACCAUCAAAAUUAAUAACGAUAGCGAAUCUUCCACCCCUUCACUUUCUCCGACUCCUGAAGGCCGAUCCAAAGUUUCAGCCGGAAAUACUGAAUCCCAGGAUACAAAUCUUCCAUCAGCACCUCCCAAAACAACAUUCUUUGAAUCAGCAGGUGAUCUUCUUAAACCACCUCUUCCAUCUACAGAAUUCUUGAUCGACCCGAGCUCCCGUGCUCGAACAAUUUUUCAUGAUCGUGUGUAUCAUCCUUCGGAUAUCCCACCACUACCUCUCAAGAAACGAUCUACUUUGCUUCGAAGGCGAAAUUCUUCUAUUUCCGAACCUGCCACGCCAACAACUGCCUCUCAUACCGAUAGUCAACUUUCAGCCCUCGAUUAUGAUGACCCUAGAAAUAGUACCUCUUCUCAUCCCCCCAAUACGGUAGUUGAUUCCUCGGCAAUGAAGGUUGAAGAGAAAAUCGCUAGAGCUUAUCAUCGCGAUCUGAGUUGGCGAAAGGUUCUCGUGAGCUUGGAGCCUGAUGCUCAUAAUAAUAUGAUUGUGAGACGAAUGUUUGCGAAUGCAUAUGGUUGGCCAGUGGUGAAACAUCUUUGUGAUACUCACUUUUCCGAUGAUGCAAUUGCGAGAAGAAAGGAUGAAGAUACUGGUGGACAAGAAAGAGCUAAAGCUGUCGAGGAUGCUCCAGGCUCAGAGGGACAAGAAGUGGAUUCUUCAGUGGAUGACCGGAAUUUGCAGAAGACAGACGAGGAUCAUAUUACUCGACAUGAUCGUACAAAUUCGGAGGCCGGAGAAGCUAGAGAUUCAGUUUCUGCACUUGGGGCCCCUACUCCGUCAAUGAAGCAAACAUCGGCACCUAUAAGAACUCCGAGCUGGUCGAAGAAACAAGAUGGGUAUGAGAGUGCCGGGUGGAGCGAUAGGGAUUGGGUUGAUAGCGCAGAUGAGAGUGAAGAAGAUGAGAAUAAGCUGGCCAAUUCUGGAUGGAAUUGGACUGAGAAGAUAGUUGGGAAAGGUGCAAAUGCAUAUAAAAGUCAAAGUGGCAGUCCUACGGAAAGAGGAACCGAUAGAAAGGAAAUCUCCCAGUUUUUGAGAAAAGGACCUUUAGUUGCGAGUCCUGAACCGGUUGAGGGGAACAGCAAAGAAUUGGGACGGGGUGGAAUCGGAAGUGGAGAUUGUACUAUUCCUGUUCUUAGUAAGGAUAUAGCUGGGAUGGGUAUAGGAUUAGAUGGAAUAAGCGUAGGGGAAUCUGAAGUGAUACCACAACAUGAACUUAUGCCACCAGGUAGAAAAGAUUGA